ACAUAUAAAAACGAAGGAGAAGGUUAUCGCGUGAGUGAGAUUCGAAAAGCAAUUGCCAACUACAAUGCAGCGUGGCCUCCUUGCUUCCUCUCUUCCACUCUCAACCCGCUCUCUCUUCCUUCCUCUCCCUCUAUGCCUCUCAAGCCCAAACCCAUUCUUCUACAAACUCAAUUCCCAUAGUAAGCCUUUCUUCACCAUUCGCAAUUGCAGCAGCUCCUUCAAAGUGAAACCCUCUUCCCAAAUCAAAAAAAUCCGCGCCGAAGCCGAGCUUGACCCCAAGCUCACCGCGCUCCGAAACCUCUUCUCCAAACCCGGAGUAAACAUUGACGCUUACGUCAUCCCUUCCCAAGACGCUCACCAGAGCGAGUUCAUUGCCGAGUGUUACUCUAGGAGAGCCUACAUAUCGGGUUUUACUGGCAGUGCUGGAACUGCUGUGGUUACUAAGGACAAAGCUGCUCUCUGGACAGAUGGCAGAUAUUUUCUCCAGGCGGAGAAGCAGCUGAGCUCUAAUUGGAUUCUGAUGCGGGCGGGAAAUCCAGGAGUCCCUACCGCUAGCGAAUGGCUCAACGAUGUUUUGGCUCCAGGUGGCAGAGUUGGUAUUGAUCCCUUUCUUUUUACUUCGGAUGCUGCAGAGGAACUUAAGGGGGUUAUCUCUAAGAACAACCAUGAGCUCGUAUAUUUGUACAAUUCAAAUCUUGUGGAUGAAAUAUGGAAAGAAUCUAGGCCAAAACCUCCAAAUAAUCCAGUAAGAGUGCACAACUUAAAGUACGCUGGUUUGGACGUGGCAUCAAAAUUAUCAUCUUUGAGGUCAGAACUUGUCAAUGCUGGCUCAUCUGCAAUUGUCAUCUCCAUGCUUGAUGAAAUUGCAUGGUUGUUGAACUUGAGAGGCAGUGAUAUUCCACAUUCACCGGUUGUGUAUGCAUACUUGAUUGUGGAGGUUAGUGGAGCAAAAUUAUUUAUAGAUGAUUCCAAAGUUACCGAAGAGGUGAGUGAUCACUUGAAGAAAGCAGAUACAGAGAUCAGGCCGUACAAUUCAGUUAUAUCUGAAAUCGAAAGGUUGGCAGCACGAGGUGCUUCCCUUUGGUUGGAUACUUCAUCAGUUAAUGCUGCUAUUGUGAAUGCCUACAGAGCUGCCUGUGACAGAUAUUAUCAGAACUGUGAAAAUAAACACAAAACCAGGACAAAUGGUUUUGAUGGAUCCUCAGACGUACCCUUUUCUGUUCACAAAGUCUCUCCUGUUUCUCAAGCGAAGGCCAUAAAAAAUGAAUCAGAGUUAGAAGGAAUGCGAAAUUGUCAUUUAAGGGAUGCAGCUGCACUUGCUCAGUUCUGGGAUUGGCUAGAGACAGAAAUUACUAAGGAUAGGAUAUUAACAGAAGUAGAAGUUUCAGAUAAACUUCUUGAGUUUCGCUCAAAACAAGCUGGUUUCCUAGAUACUAGCUUUGACACAAUAAGUGGUUCUGGUCCAAAUGGCGCUAUCAUACACUACAAACCAGAACCAGAGAGUUGUAGUUCUGUGGAUGCCAAUAAACUGUUCUUAUUGGAUAGUGGUGCUCAAUAUGUUGAUGGCACAACUGACAUAACACGCACAGUUCAUUUUGGCAAGCCUACAGCAAGAGAGAAGGAAUGCUUUACCCGAGUUUUGCAGGGCCAUAUAGCUCUUGAUCAGUCAGUCUUUCCAGAAAAUACCCCUGGUUUUGUGCUGGAUGCGUUUGCCCGAUCCUUUCUUUGGAAAGUUGGACUUGACUACAGGCAUGGGACUGGACACGGUGUAGGAGCUGCAUUAAAUGUUCAUGAAGGCCCGCAAAGUAUUAGUCAUCGUUAUGGAAAUUUGACCCCUCUAGUGAAGGGCAUGAUUGUUAGCAACGAGCCUGGCUAUUAUGAAGACCAUGCCUUCGGUAUUCGGAUUGAGAAUCUCCUGUAUGUAAGAAAUGCUGAGACACCAAAUCGUUUUGGGGGUAUCGAAUACCUAGGAUUUGAAAAACUUACAUAUGUACCCAUUCAGAUUAAAUUGGUUGAUUUGUCUCUGCUAUCGGCUGCAGAGAUUGAUUGGCUGAACAACUAUCACUCACUAGUCUGGGAAAAGGUUUCACCGUUGAUGGAUGGCUCUGCUCGCCAAUGGCUUUGGAACAACACUCGGCCUAUCAUCCAUGAGAAAAUUUAAUAUUUUUCAUGUUAAUGUGCUAUGGUACUCGAGGUUCACAUUUUGGCGUGCUGCCUCCUCGUCUAUUUUGUCUAUACUCUAGCUUAUCUCCAUAAUUUAUAUAGGAGACGCUGUGAAAUGUGAAUAAAAUAGUGAGUUGGGAUUACAUGAAUUUGAUCAUAGGAUCUUUGGCUGGGCAAAUGAACAUUUAGCCAUUAGCACCCUUUUAAGUAUGCUUACUUGUGAUAUUCAAUAUAAUUUUUUUAACUGUUGUCAAAGUUUACACUCUCAA